UCAUCAUAGUCAUAGCGCAGCGCAGACUGUGGCAGCAGAGCAUAGUGUGCGGUACACAGCCAGCAGCGUCGUCCUUGUGGUGAGUGAGGGAGCGCCAGCACCAUCAAGCGCUGCUGGUUGGUUCCUAUUGAAAUGGUAGAAUUCAAGGCUUGGCCUGCUCGGUAGGUGAGGGUGCUCGUAACUGGUGGUGGUCAACAUCGAAUGCCCUCACUCACACACACACACACACACUAUCUAUCGUCUCAGAUCCUCCAUCGGUCCUCAUCUUGCCUUGCAGACGGCCCUCUUCUACUCGGCGAUCUUCUCCUUCCUCCCAUCACUCGCUCCCCUGCUACUCCCGGCCUUGUCCAACCGUUCAGGCGUUCGGCCUGCUGAAUUUUAGUCACCGGUCACCACCUCAGCUUGCUCCAUUCCUUGUCCAGUAGCUAGUGCAUGCAGUAGUGCACAUCACAUCGCGACAAAUGCAGCUCUCGGCGGCGGACAGCAGGAAGAAGAAGCGGCGGCGGCGGCGGCGGCGGAGGGAGCUGCCACUGCCAGCGUCAUGCUCCUCGAGAUCUGCUGCCGGCGCCGCUCAAGGUCAGUGCCAGUGCUGCUGCUCUAGCCCCGACGGCGGCGGCGGCGGCCUCGUGGCGACAACAAUGCCACCGCGCGCAUUCUCUCGCUGCUCCACCGGCGGCGCCUCCUGCGCGCCGGCACCGGCCGUCCGUCUCGGCACCCAGCAGCACAAGCUGACGAUGCUCCUCGUUGCACUCGCGCUCCUCCUCGUCCUCCCUCCUCCUCAUCUAGUGGCAGCGGUCUCGGUGUCGGUGUCGCCCCGGAGGAUGGCGAGGAUCCAGAGCCAUCUCGACAGGAUCAACAAGACCCCCGUUCGCUCCAUCCAGAGCGUGGACGGCGACACCAUCGACUGCGUGGCGGCGAACGAGCAGCACGGCCUGGACCAUCCGCUGCUCAGGACGCACACCGUCCAGACGGAGCCGCCCGAGGCGCCCAUGUGGAGGGGCCGCGGCGGCGGAUUCGUCGUCGUCCCCGCCGCGGCUGGCGGUGGUGGCGCUGCGACCGCGACUGCGACUGCGACGAACGGCAGCAGCAGCAGCAGGAACAACGACAGGCGCCAAGGCGCGUGGCAGACGUGGCACCACGGCGGGCACUGCCCCAGAGGCACGGUGGCCAUCCGGCGGACCACCGCCGACGACGUGCUGCGCGCCAGGUCCAUCUCCCGCUUCGGACGCAAGAGGAGGCACAGGAGGAACGCGGCCGUCGCCGCCGCACGCGCCGCCAACGCGCCCGACGUCAUCACCGGCAAUGGACACGAGCACGCGAUCGCGUACACGGCGCCUUCGCAGCAGCAGGUGUACGGGGCCAAGGCCACCAUCAACGUGUGGGAUCCGGCCAUCGAGGAAUCCAACGGCUUCAGCCUCUCCCAGCUCUGGAUCCUCUCCGGCUCCUUCAACGGCUCCGACCUCAACAGCAUCGAAGCAGGAUGGCAGGUCAGCCCUGAGCUGUACGGGGACAGCAGGCCGAGGCUCUUCACGUACUGGACAAGCGACGCGUACGAGGCUACUGGUUGCUACAACGCGCUGUGCCCGGGGUUCGUGCAGACGAGCUCCCGCAUCGCCAUCGGCGCGUCGAUCUCGCCGGUGUCGUCGGCCGGCGGCGCGCAGUACGACAUGACGCUGCUGAUCUGGAAGGACCCGAAGCUGGGCAACUGGUGGCUCAGCUACGGGGACCAGCUGGUGGGGUACUGGCCGGCGCAGCUGUUCACGCACCUGUCGGACCACGCCACCAUGGUGGAGUGGGGCGGCGAGGUGGUGGACACCAGGCCCGCCGGCGUGCACACCGCCACGCAGAUGGGGUCCGGCCGCUUCGCCGGCGAGGGGUUCGGCCGCGCCAGCUACUUCCGCAACCUCGAGACGGUGGACGCCGACAACAGCCUCGCCGAGGUGGCGCUCGACGCCAUCCAGACGCUGGCCGAGAACCCCGCCUGCUACGACAUACGCAAGGCCUACGACGAAGACGACGACGGCGGCGGCGGCGGCCAGCACUCCGCCCGCGGAGGAUGGGGAACCCACUUCUACUACGGUGGCCCGGGACACAACCCGGCGUGCCCCUGAUGGUCUCAAGUUAUCUGAAUCUGAUGAGUGCAUGGGACCUGAUGAUGACCACCGUACCAUACCAUGGAUGGACUAAUACCUGCAUGCAUUUGAAUUAGUUCAUCUACAUAUAUUAAUUAAUCCCACAUCAUGCUGCAUCAAGCAUCAUCUAGCUACUAGUAGAGUACUGUAUGUGUAGCUUAUAUUUGCAUGAAUAUAUGCAUCAUCUAGAGGACUAGGAGAAUGUAUCCGUCAUGGUUCGCUCCCUAGGUAGCCAGUCCAGUCCAACAAGGCGGAUCGUGCAUGCAAUGCUUCCACCUGUGUGUACGCGUGGCCAAAUUUUGACGUACGAUCGUACGUGUGCAAGCUUUCGCUAAUUCUAGCUACCUGUAAGGACUUGCAAGAUGUAAUUAACUGUUGAUUUAUCUGUUCUUUCGAUGGACCCCCAAGGAUUCAAAAUUUGACUUUUUGAUAAAGUUUCA